AUGUACUUGUAUUCGAUCUCCAAGCAACAGGGAACCUUUGGCUGGGUACAAGCCAAUUGUCGGAGGGCAAAGGAGAGAGAUUAUUUUAUUGGGCAUAAGCUGAGUACGCAGAAGUCUUGGCGGAACAGAUGGUGCUUGGCCUAUGGUGAUUGGGAGUGUCCUCUAGGGAAGACCGUCUCCAGACACAUUCCAACCCACUUGCAGUCUAUAGGUCCUUAG